GACCGGAAGAUGCCACCCAAGCGCAUAGCUAAGAGAAGGUCACCCCCAGAAGAUGCCAUCCCCAAAAGCAAGAAGGUGAAAGGCCCUCAUAACCGCGGUCCUGCCACCCGCUCCUGCCAAGUCUCACACAGGUCCCACAACACAGAACCAGGCUUGGUGCUGACACUGGGCCAGGGCGACGUGGGCCAGCUGGGGCUGGGUGAGAGUGUGCUGGAGAGGAAGAAGCCGGCCUUGGUGCCCCUUCUGCAAGACGUUGUGCAGGCUGAGGCUGGGGGCAUGCAUACUGUGUGCCUGAGCCAAAGUGGCCAGGUCUACUCCUUCGGCUGCAAUGAUGAGGGUGCCCUGGGAAGGGACACAUCAGUCGAGGGCUCAGAGAUGGUCCCUGGGGAAGUGGAGCUGCAAGAGAAGGUGGUGCAAGUGUCCGCAGGAGACAGUCACACAGCAGCCCUCACCGAAGAUGGUCGUGUCUUCCUGUGGGGCUCUUUCCGGGACAAUAACGGUGUGAUCGGGUUGUUGGAGCCCAUGAAGAAGAGCAUGGUGCCUGUUCAAGUGCAGCUAGAUAUGCCUGUGGUGAAGGUAGCCUCAGGGAAUGACCACUUGGUGAUGCUGACUACUGAUGGAGACCUCUACACCUUGGGUUGUGGAGAGCAGGGUCAGCUGGGCCGUGUGCCUGAAUUAUUUGCCAAUCGAGGUGGUCGCCAGGGCCUUGAGCGACUCCUGGUCCCCAAAUGUGUGCUGCUGAAAUCCAGGGGAAGCCGUGGCCGUGUCCGGUUCCAGGAUGCCUUCUGUGGCGCCUAUUUCACUUUUGCCAUCUCUCGAGAGGGCCACGUGUAUGGCUUUGGCCUCUCCAACUAUCACCAGCUCGGAACUCCAGGCACUGGAUCUUGCUUCAUUCCUCAGAACUUGACAUCCUUCAAGAAUUCCACCAAGUCCUGGGUGGGCUUCUCUGGGGGCCAGCAUCAUACAAUCUGCAUGGAUUCCGAAGGAAAAGCAUACAGCCUGGGCCGGGCUGAGUAUGGGCGCCUGGGCCUUGGGGAGGGUGCUGAGGAGAAGAGCAUCCCCACCCACAUUUCCAGGCUGCCCAUCAUCUCCUCAGUGGCCUGUGGGGCUUCUGUGGGGUAUGCCGUGUCCAAGGAUGGUCGUGUUUUUGCCUGGGGCAUGGGCACCAACUACCAGCUGGGCACUGGGGAGGAGGAAGAUGCCUGGAGCCCUGUGGAAAUGACUGGCAAACAGCUGGAGAACCGUGUGGUCUUAACUGUGUCCAGUGGGGGCCAGCACACCGUCUUACUAGUUAAGGACAAGGAUCAGAGCUGAUGAAGUCUUCCUGGGUCUGGCUUCUGGCCCUCCACCCAGCUUCACAGAACAGGAAAACAGCCAGCUACAGAUUCCAGAAGGCUCCUCCCCAGCCCUGAGCAGUUGUCGUCACCACAGCAGAACCCCUUUCUUCUGUUUCAUCCUCUUUUCUCCAUUCAUCCUGGUACUUGCAGGAUGUGGGG